AUGCGACCUUUGCUGAUGGCAGCCUGGCAUGGACAUAUUGUGGCGGUCAGGAUGUUAAUUGGAUAUGGAGCUUGUGUCACAGUUUUAAAUAAAAAACAUUACGGUAUAUUAACAUGCGCAGCAAGGAACGGCCACGCCGAUUGCGUCGCCUUCCUGCUCCAGACAGUCGAGACCCUUGACAAGGAGCAGGGCGACCUUCAAGGGCGCACAGCCCUUCAUCAUGCGGCUGCUCAAGGUCAUGCAGACACUGUUAAGAAACUGCUGGAGAGUGGGUCGUCGUUGAUGGCCAAAGAUAAGGGAGGUAGGACGCCUCUGCAUUUAGCAGCAGAAGGAGGCCACGUGGCAGUAUGUGAACUACUGUCGUCUAGAGGUGACACCAAUUCGAAAUCUUUGUCCCUGAGUGAUCAAGGAGGUUGUACGCCACUGCAUUUAGCAGUAAUGAACAAGCAUUGUGAGGCCACAAAAGCGCUACUGACUUUGGGAGCUUCUGCUGAAUGUGUAAACGAGAAAGGUUUCACGCCCCUGCAUUUAGCCUGUCGUCUUGGAUGCAGAGGAAUUACUGAAACUUUAAUACAAUUUGGUGCUCCUUUAAAUAAACAAGCCAAGAAUGGAAACACUCCCCUUCACGAAGCCUGUCUAUCAAAUGAGAUGGAGCUGAUGGAAUUAUUGAUAUCCAAAGGCGCAGACUUAAAUUGCGUCAACGUUAGAAACGAAGCUCCGAUCCACCUAGCAGCAGAAUUGGGCAGGACAGAGGCGUGCAGGAUGCUUUUAGCAGCAGGGGCUGAUUUGAGUCAUCAACAAGACACCAAUGGAAGUGGGCCAAGGUCGCCAAUGUUUUUGGCAGCUAGAGGAAGCUUUACGGCAAUUGUGGAUAUGAUAAUACAGACUGCCAGGCUAGAUUACCCAACCAAAGAUGAUGAUGACCAAGCUGGUGAUGGAUAUCCAUGCAAAACUAAGCCUAUUAUAAAUACUGCAAGGAGGAAACUUCUUAGUACUGGUGACUCUUCUGAUUGGACUUCAGUAGACGAACCCUUAGUGCCAUCAGCCUGCACAUUACCAACAACAGCAGCAUCAUCAACCUGCAACUCUGAAGAUUCUGAACAUCUUCAAAAAAUUUUGCACAAACUGUCCCACAGAUUUCUUCAAGACGGUGACUGGAGGGCUUUGGCGUCUCAUUGGGCCUUCACCGAGGACCAAAUCAAGGCCAUUGAGCACCAGUAUGCAGGUCCCAAUAGUUAUAAGGAGCACGGUUAUAGAAUGUUGACGAUUUGGUUGAAUGCUUUGCCUCGUAGUGCAGUUCCUUCCAAAGAACUUUGUUCAGGUCUAAGGGCUAUUGGAAGGGACAAUAUUGCACAAAAGGUUACUGCUAAAUUGUUGAAGGAAAGUCAGAAAUCUGAGAGCAGACAUCGAGAUAGACAUUUGUCUCAGUGUGUUGUAAUUUAA